CGUUCCUGAAACAUGAUUUCAUUACCCAUGAGUUCAAUGUUUAUUUGCUUGUGGAUGCUAAUCGUCGUGAUUAGAUCAGACGUUAUUGCAAACCACUAUACGCAACAACCGCGGUAUACUGGUAAAUUUAUCGCAUCUUUUAACGCAGAAGAAUACAAAGCAGAUUCAGUUUUGGCCUGCUUAGCUUUUUGCGGACCUUUCUGUACAUGUUUUGGGUACCAACGGUUAACAAAGAGAUGUCGUGUUUUUGACUUUUGCCUUGAUCGGAAUGCGUCUUUCAUCGAGGAUGGAUGGGUGUAUUAUACAUCACCAAGCGAAUGUGUUGAAGGUUGGAUAACAUAUGGUGGACAUGACUACAUGUUGAAUUUGACUAAACUUUCUCAACCUGAGGCGAUGGCAAUAUGUCAUAAGUGCGGAGCCUACCUUGUUGAAAUUCACGACGCAGAGGAGAAUGACUGGAUUAAGCAAACUGUAUCGAAGGACAUAUAUUGCACAAACAAAUAUGAUUGUACAGCCUGGACCGGCGGGAACGAUAGAGAGACAGAGGGAAAUUUUACUUGGGAAACAUCGAACACACCCUUUAUCUAUGUAAAUUGGGACUUCAAUAACCCAGACAAUAAGGAUGCUAUAAGCAAGCCCAUUGACUGUGUCGACAUGUUCUACGAUGGCCAAUGGAAUGAUCGGCCUUGUUAUUUCCAAGCGAGUUUUAUUUGCGAACGAUGAGUUUUAAUAGUUUAAUUGUGGUUUUUUUCUUAAAAAUUUUGGUCGUGAACUGUCUCGUCCUUAAUAUCACAAUAGCAUAAUAAGCUAAUUCAAAGCAAUAAGUUGGUUAUACAUCAUUAUUAUUAAGAAUGUUUGGAUUCCAGAAAUGUGUCAAUUAUACGUCAUACAAAAGGGGUUAUGUCCCUAUCAAUACAUGACCACAAACAAAAAACAAUUUGGCUAUUAUAUUAAAAGGGGGCCUAAAACUAUAAUGACAAAUUCAAUAAAAUGUGGCUUUUGUGUUAUACCUGUCGAUGUGGGGGGAAGGGUUCUGAUUCGACUCGCUCACAUUUUUACUUUAAAAGUACAAUUUAUUAUAUAACAAAUCACAAAUG